UCAAAUAAGAGUACUUUUAAAUGCAAAACAAAAUUUAAUGUUUAUUUUCUUCUAAAAAUUAUUCAAAUGAAAAUAACAUUAAAAAUAAAACAUGUCAAGUAAAAAUAAAGGCUUCCAAGGAAAAGACUCUUUCAGUCGAAUGAAUUUCCUCUAUCAAGCUUCCAUGUUGAUGGCCGGCAAAAGCGCUACACUCUCAGCUUACUAUGGAAACCUGUGCAAGACUAUUGGCAAGAAAUCAGUCCUUCGGAUAGACCCAAAUAUAAAAAGAUCUCUCUGCAAAAAGUGCCACAUGGCCUUGAAACCCGGAGUCACAGCUGAAAUAUCCGCCCUCGAUUGCAAAGAUGAAAUUUUGUCCAUCAAAUGUUUGAAAUGCAAUCAUUCGAAGAACUUCCCAAUCAAUUCAGAGUACAAAUUCUGGCUUGAAAAUCCCGAUUCAAAAGCCGAAGUGUGUUCCCUAGAGAAAGAUAAUCACAAAAAAGGCGCAAAAAGAAAGAAGACGAAAGUGGAAGACGUCUCAGUAGUUCACGAAACAAGUCAACAAUAGAAAAUGUGGAAUAGAAUUAAUUGUAUUUAUAAAUUAAUAAUAAGUUAGUUUUAAGAGACUGUUUG